AUGCCCGGAGAGCACACCCCCUUGAUAGCCACCGUCCAGGUCGGCCCGCCCCGGCACCGCUAUCCGCACAACAUUGUCCGCCGCUUCUGCACCAUUGCCCUCUCCUCCAUUCUCAUCUGGUUCCUCGCCGCUUUCUUGUUCACCGUUGCCUUCGGACCCAAACACCCCCAUCACCGGCAUCGUCACGGCCACGACCAGUGGUCGUGGCCCGGGUGCAAAGACAGGAAGCUGAGCUAUGAGCAGCUCAAGGAGAUCCUCCUCGAUACCCCGGACAGUAAGCUCGCCGAGAAGUGGCUCGAGUACUACACAUCCGGCCCCCAUCUAGCUGGCCAGAACUACUCUCAGGCCCUAUGGACCAAGGAACGCUGGGAAGAGUGGGGUGUCGCCUCGGACAUUGUGACCUAUGAUGUCUACCUCAACAAGCCCGUCGACCACCGCGUUGCCUUGCUGGAGAAGUCCAAGAAGGGCACAUCAUCUUGGAAGGUGGCCUUCGAAGCCCCGCUGAAGGAGGACGUCAUCGAGGAAGACCCUACUUCAGCGCUCGAGGACAGCGUGCCUACCUUCCACGGCUACUCCGCAAGCGGCAAUGUCACAGCGCCCAUCGUCUACGUCAACUACGGAUCGUACCAAGACUAUGAGGAUCUGCUCAGAGCCAACGUCAGCCUGGAGGGCAAGAUCGCCCUUGCUCGCUACGGCGGCAUGUUCCGGGGCCUCAAGGUGAAGCGCGCCCAGGAGCUCGGCAUGGUCGGCGCAAUCCUCUUUAGCGAUCCUGGCGACGAUGGAGAGAUCACCGAAGAGAACGGAUACAAGCCGUAUCCCGAGGGUCCUGCACGACAGCCCAGCAGCGUCCAGCGAGGGAGCGUGCAAUUCCUCAGCUUCGCCCCUGGUGACCCAACUACUCCAGGCUAUCCAUCCAAGCCCGGCGUCCCUCGAGGCCCCACGGAAGGUUUCAUCCCCAGCAUACCCUCUGUUCCCAUCUCUUACCGGGAUGCACUACCAAUCCUCCAGGCCCUGAAUGGCCAUGGACCCAAGGCCAAGGACUUCAACAAGUACUGGACUAGAAAUCUGGGACUAAAGCAUCUGGGUGUUGACUACAACAUCGGCCCAACCCCUGAUGAUCUCGUGGUCAACCUCUACAACAAGCAAGACUACUCAAUCACGCCCAUUUGGAACGUUAUUGGUGUCAUCAAUGGCUCCAUCCCUGACGAAGUCAUUGUCGUCGGCAACCACCGCGAUGCCUGGGUUGCAGGCGGUGCUGUCGACCCCAACAGUGGAUCGUCAGUCUUGAACGAGGUCGUUCGCAGCUUCGGCAAGGCCCUGGAGAACGGCUGGAAGCCGCUGCGAACCAUUGUCUUUGCGUCGUGGGACGGCGAGGAGUAUGGCCUGCUGGGAAGCACAGAGUGGGUAGAGGAGUUUGCCCCUUGGCUCGACCACGCAAACGUCGCGUACCUGAACCUCGAUACCGCCAUCGGAGGCAAGCAGUUCGGCGCGGCUGCCGCGCCUCUCCUCAACAACAUUCUCUAUGAAGUGACCGCCGAGGUCCAAUCGCCCGACCAGUCGACUCCUGGCCAGACUGUGCGUGACACCUGGGACGGCAAGAUCAAGACGAUGGGCAGCGGUAGCGAUUUUACCGCCUUCCAGGACCGAGCUGGCAUUCCCUGUGCCCACGUCGAAUUCGGCGGAGGCCACAAGGAUCCAGUCUACCACUACCACAGCAACUACGACAGCUUCUACUGGGUCAAGACCUUCGGCGACCCGGGCUUCAAGUACCACAGGACCAUGGCGCAGAUCUUUGGCCUGAUGACGGCCAAGCUCGCAGACGAACCUGUCGUCUCCUUCAGCGCCGUCGACUACGCUGACGCACUGGACGCUUACAUCGACAAGGUCGCUGACAAGCUGGACAUGGUCCUUGGUGCGGUCGUCCUAGAUGUCGACUCCCUGGACGACGAGGAGCAGCUCGCGCUGCGCAGUGGGACCGGCGCCGGCAGGCUCGAGCUACAGGCCAGCAAGAGGCAAGAAGCCGAGGAGUUCAAGGCCUCGCUCGACAAGCUGUACAAGGCCGUCUGGGAGUUUGCCAAGCAGGCCAACACGCUCGACGCGCGCGCCGACGAGCUGAGGCGCAAGGUCGACGAGCGCCUGCCCUGGUGGCGCUGGCCGGCCAAGCUGCGCCUGGGCUUCCAGAUCCGCAAGGUCAACGACAAGUACAAGCAGCUGGAGCGCAACUUCCUGUACGAGCCGGGCCUGGACGGCCGGGACUGGUUCAAGCACGUUGUCUUUGCGCCGGGGCUGUGGACUGGAUACGCUGGAGCUGUCUUCCCGGGGUUGGACGAGAGCAUCGACGCCGGAGACUACAAGAACGCGUUGAGGUGGGUUGACAUUAUUGAGUCGUGCAUCUUGAAGGGUGCCGAGAGCAUGUAA